CACAGAGGUUGUCUUUAAAACACAAAUAAGAAGUAUCAAUCAUUGAAUUCAUCAUUGAGGAUGGGGCGGUGGACUGAGCCAACCAAAAGUGUCAAAGUAACAUUAAAGGAAUGGUUCACCCAAAAAUGUAAAUGAUUUAAUCAUUAACUCUGCCUCAUGCCAUCCCAGAUGUGUAAGACUUACUUUCUUCUGCAGAACACAAAGAUUCUUAGAAGAAUCUUUCAGCUCUGUUAGCCCUCACAAUGCAAGUUAAUUGUGACCAAAACUUUAUAGCACCAAAAAAAAAGACUCCAGUGUUUUCAUUAAUUUCUUCUGAAGCGAUAGGUUUUGGGUGAGAACAGGCCAAAAUAUAAAUCCUUUUUAACUAUAAAUCUUGACAUCAACGGUCACUUUGGCGAUCACAAUUUCAAGCUUGAUUACACUUCCUAGUGCCAUCUAGCACUCAGUGCAUGCAUCAAGCACUAGGAAGUGUAAUUGAGCUUGGAAUCAUGACCGUGCCUACAGACAGCAAUGGCAAUGUGUUCAGUGAAAAAGGAGUUAUAUUUUGGUCUGUUCUUGGUCAUUCUUCUUAAGCAUUCUAAAUCGAAUAUGCCACUUAAGAAGACGUGAAUUAAACCCCUGGAGUCGUAUGGAUUGCAUUUAUCCUGCCAUUAUGUGUAAUUGGAGCUUCAAAAUAUUGGUCACCAUUCAAUUGCAUUGUAUGGACCAACAGAGCUGAGAUAUUCUUCUAAAUAUCUUUGUUUGUGUUCUGCAGAAGAAUGAUAAUCAUUCACAUCUGGGUUUCAUUCACAUCUGGGUUGUCACGAGGGUGAGUAAACAAUAAGAGAAAUUUCAUUUUGGGGUGAACCAUUCCUUUAACAUCACAAUUUAUUAAAUCUGUAAAUCAUAUGAAAUGUGAAAAUGCAAUUAUUUAUAAUUACAUAUAUAAAUUAAAACUACACAGGUAGGCACCCACUGUUCCUCUCAACUGAAAGAAUUUUCUUCAAAUAAAACUCUCUGUUUCCUCCAGUUCUUCUGAGGCCUUCCUGAUGGGAUAAAAAAUGUUGAUCAUCUCAAUGGACAACAUCACAACAACAAUCAAUCAUGAGGAUGAGAGCAUUGUUGGUAACAACAUCUCUGUUACAUUUGGAGCCCUCAUCCUCAGCAUUGUCCUCCUUCUGGGCGUUCCUGGCAACCUCUUUAUAAUUUGGAGCAUCCUGGCACGUGCCCGCAAGCGCUCCAUCACUAUUGUACUCAUAUUCAACCUGGCAUGUGCAGACGGUUUUCUGAUGUGUCUGACAAUUUUCUUUAUAAUAUACCUAGCCAAGAAGAACUGGGUGUUUGGAGGUAUCAUGUGCAAAGUUUUAUUCUACUCGUGUAAUACAAACAUGUACGCCUCCAUUAUGAUCAUUACACUGAUGAGUCUACACAGACUAGUGGCAGUGGUGCGGCCCAAAUACUUGAUUGCCUGUACUCGUAGAAGAACAGUAUUACUUGUACUUGGGGGACUGUGGAUUGUCGUAUUUCUUUUUGCACUGCCAGCUUUGAUAUUCAGAGCAGAAUUAAAAGAGAAGAAUGACCGCAUGGUGUGUGCAAAUAAUCACACGCAGUCAUGGCAUGUGGUUUUCCAGUAUACACUUGAGACAUUGAUUGGUUUCCUGAUACCAUAUGUGAUCAUAGUCAGCAGCUAUGUGUGUAUCCUCCGACGCCUACGACAGACCAAGUUCAGGAAGAAGAUACGAAGCGAAAACCUUAUUCAAGCCAUAAUUGUGACAUUCUGCAUUUUUUGGCUCCCUUACCACUGUGUUAAUAUAGUGCAAGUGGUGGCAGCACUUGUACCAGCAGGAUCACCAAUCAAAAGGACACUAGAUCAUAUCUGGCAUUCCAGUCGUGCAGUUUCGUCCGCUCUGGCUUUUAUCAGCAGUUGUGCCAAUCCUGUCCUUUACACCUUUGCUGGGCGAUCCUACAUCAAGGCUGACGGCCUGGCAUUCAUGGCCAGACUCUUUGAGGGCACUGUUCUGGACUAUGGCAACAAGAAAAGACAUCAGACCAGAGAUGUCAUCAAGCUCUAAACCUGACAAUCUUGUUAAGGCUGGCACAGUUAAAUGCAUGUUUGACACACAAUUUUGAAAUUGUAUUAAGUUGCAUAUCUUGGCAUCUUGACUGAUACUGUAGAGAACAAAUAAGUGCAAUGAGCUCAUCUAAAAGGUAGGCAGCCCUAAAGGCCUACAGUUUGUAGUGGACUAUAAUGUAUAAACAGAUUGUGGCAGCUUGCUUUAAUUAAAAAUCCAGCUGCUUUUAAAUGACUGUAAACAGCUUUUUCACAGAGUAUAAAUGGGUCAGGUUUGAACAUUGUUUACAGUUAUCUGAAUAUUACUGUAAAACUAUAAUUUAUGAGAAUUCUAUUGUUGUUAUUUGGGACAAAUUCUGGUGCCUUCUAUCAAUAUUUAACAUAUUUAAAUUUAGAGAAACCGGAACGCCCAAACAAGAAUCUCUAUCGCCCAACCGAUACGGGUGGGGGAGAUCCCGCCAUAAAGGUACAAGAGCCAAUCACCUUUUAGAUACAGACAUCGCCUGCCAAUCUACUAGCUAACACACGUGCUCAUUAGCUAUACAUGCCG